UUCCCCUCCCGGCCGAGCACCGGAGCGCAUCCCGCCGAGGCCGGGCCGCUUCAGGGGGAGGCGCCAACUCGUCGCGGUGCCGGGCCCCCGACCGAGCAGUAACCGCUACCCAGGAGGCGGAGCGGACGCGGCUCGGGCCUCUGCUGAGUCUCAUUAACUUUGUCCUAGAAGACAACUUUACAAGGAUCUAAAAGGAACUGGAUUAAAGAUGACCGAAUACUUGGCUCCAGAAAUUUAAAACAAUCAGCUUAGCAAAUCAUAUAUUCUUCAGUGGAGCCGAGAAUUGAUAAGUCUGCUCUUCACAGUGAUUUGGAACUUUCCAAUCCCAGAGAAAAGUUGACCAAGGGACUGCACACAACUGAGUCCAUAUGGAAGAAGAACUUCCUCUUUUCUAUGGAGAAAGUGGCAAGCCAGUACAGGCUACUCUGUCAUCUUUGAAGAUGUUAGAUGUGGGCAAGUGGCCAAUUUUUUCCCUUUGUUCCGAGGAAGAACUGCAGUUAAUUCGUCAGGCUUGUGUCUUUGGCAGCGCUGGCAAUGAAGUUUUAUAUACUACAGUAAACGAUGAGAUUUUUGUGCUUGGCACAAACUGCUGUGGCUGUUUGGGGUUAGGUGACAUCCAGAGCACCAUCGAACCUCGGAGACUGGAUUCCUUAAGUGGCAAAAAGAUAGCCUGCCUCAGCUAUGGUAGUGGUCCACACGUUGUCCUUGCAACAACAGAAGGAGAAGUCUUUACCUGGGGUCAUAAUGCUUACAGCCAGCUGGGCAAUGGGACAACUAAUCAUGGUUUAGUGCCCUGUCACAUCUCUACUAAUUUGUCAAACAAGCAGGUCAUCGAAGUUGCCUGUGGGUCUUACCAUUCUUUGGUGCUAACAUCUGAUGGAGAGGUGUUUGCCUGGGGCUAUAAUAACUCCGGGCAGGUGGGAUCUGGGUCGACAGCUAAUCAGCCGAUCCCCCGGCGCGUCACCGGCUGCCUGCAGAGUAAAGCGGUCGUGAACAUAGCGUGCGGGCAGAUGUGCUCCAUGGUGGUGGUGGACACCGGGGAGGUGUACGUCUGGGGUUACAACGGGAACGGGCAGCUCGGCCUCGGCAGCAGCGGCAACCAGCCCACCCCCUGCAGAAUCGCCGCGCUGCAGGGCAUCCGUGUCCAGCGGGUUGCCUGUGGCUACGCGCACACGUUAGUAUUAACAGAUGAAGGCCAAGUGUAUGCUUGGGGCGCCAAUUCUUUUGGCCAGUUGGGCACUGGCAAUAAAAGCAACCAGUCCUAUCCGACCCCUGUCGUUGUGGAAAAGGACAGGAUCAUAGAGAUCGCAGCCUGUCACUCUGCCCACACAUCCGCCGCCAAGACCCAGGGAGGGCACGUGUACAUGUGGGGCCAGUGCCGGGGCCAGUCGGUGGUCCUCCCCCAUCUCACCCACUUCUCCUGCACCGACGACGUGUUCGCCUGCUUUGCCACUCCCCCCGUCAUGUGGCGUCUCCUCUCUGUGGAACCCGAUGACCACCUCACAGUGGCUGAGUCACUGAAGAGGGAAUUUGACAACCCGGACACUGCAGACCUGACAUUUCUGGUUGACGGAAAGUACAUUUAUGCACAUAAAGUCCUUCUCAAAAUUAGAUGCGAGCAUUUUCGUUCUUCGCUGGAAGACAAUGAGGACGAUAUUGUAGAAAUGAGCGAAUUUUCAUACCCUGUUUACCGAGCCUUCCUGGAAUACCUGUACACAGACAGCAUCAGCCUCUCUCCUGAGGAGGCAGUAGGAUUGCUAGACUUGGCUACGUUUUAUAGAGAAAAUCGUUUGAAAAAGCUCUGCCAACAAACGAUCAAACAGGGAAUCUGCGAGGAGAAUGCAAUCGCUCUGCUCUCCGCUGCUGUGAAAUACGACGCCCAGGAUUUAGAAGAAUUCUGCUUCAGGUUUUGCAUAAACCAUCUGACUGUAGUAACACAAACUUCAGGCUUUGCAGAAAUGGACCAUGAUCUCCUGAAGAACUUUAUCAGCAAAGCAAGCAGAGCUGGAGCCUUUAAAAAUUGAUCCCACCCCUGCAAAAGCCAGAGAUAAAUAACUUCUCUCUAAUUAAUAGUAUGUAUGAGCUACAUUUGGCUGAGUACUUGUGUCUGUCAAAAGAAGGACGGUGGUGAGUCUUUUUCAUCUGCCUACAUCCAAAGUUACACAGAAAGUAUCAAAUGCGCUGAUCGAAUGUGACUAAGAUCGAGG